GAAGAGCGAUCGAUGGCGACGGGAAGCGUCCAAAAGAAAUGGCCGUCACCGAAGCGGAGUAGAAAGUGCUCCUCAACUCCCGUUUCACGGGCAUCCCCUUCCCUCCCUCCCUCCUUUCCCUCAUCCUCCUCUCCUCCACAAGUUCCAACGUUCCCCUCCCCCCAUCCCUUACCUGUUCUCCCUCUUUUAAUAUCUUUUCCGAGGAAGAAGAGGAGGAGGUCCACGGAAUGAUGGAGUCCGGGUCCGCCGCCGCCGGCGGGGAUGGUCACAUCAAGGGCGUCCAGACACACGGCGGGCGAUACGUGAGGUACAAUGUGUACGGGAACCUCUUCGAGGUCACCGCCAAGUACGUCCCCCCCCUUCGCCGCAUCGGCCGCGGCGCUAGCGGCAUCGUCUGUGCUGCAGUGAAUUCUCAGACCCAUGAAGUGGUUGCAAUAAAGAAGAUCAGCAAUGCAUUUGAUAAUAUAAUUGAUGCCAAAAGGACUUUAAGAGAAAUAAAGCUUCUUUGUCACAUGAAUCAUGAGAAUGUUAUUGCAAUAAAGGACAUCAUACGCCCUCCAAACAGGGAAAAUUUCAAUGAUGUCUACAUUGUUUACGAGUUAAUGGAUACUGAUCUUCAUCACAUAAUACACUCCAACCAGCCAUUGACAGACAACCAUUGCCAGUUCUUUCUGUAUCAAUUACUUCGAGGGCUGAAAUAUGUGCACUCAGCCAAUGUCCUGCAUCGUGAUCUUAAGCCCAGCAAUUUGCUGAUAAACGCAAAUUGUGACCUUAAGAUUGGAGAUUUUGGACUGGCAAGGACGACUUCUGAGACAGAUUUCAUGACUGAAUAUGUUGUCCCACGUUGGUAUCGAGCACCGGAACUGCUCCUUAAUUGUUCGGAGUACACUGCUGCUAUUGACAUCUGGUCAGUAGGAUGCAUAUUUGGCGAAAUUGUUACCAAGGAACCAUUAUUUCCUGGUAAAGACUAUGUCCAUCAGUUAAGGCUGAUAACUGAGCUAAUAGGUUCACCUGAUGACUCAAGCCUCGGAUUUCUCCGAAGUGACAAUGCCCGAAGAUACAUGAGACAACUUCCUCAAUACCCGAAGCAACAAUUUCAUGCUAGGUUUCACACCAUGUCUAACGAAGCCACUGAUUUGCUAGAAAAAAUGCUUGUUUUUGAUCCAAACAAGCGAAUUACUGUUGAUCAAGCUCUGCACCACCCAUACUUGGCUUCUCUUCAUGAAAUUAAUGAUGAACCUGUUUGCCCGACUCCAUUCAGUUUCGAUUUUGAACAUCCAUCACAUACUGAAGAAGAUAUCAAAGAACUCAUUUGGAGGGAAUCACUGAAAUUCAACCCAGAUCCAGUAGUGCACUAGGAUAUGUUCUCUAUUUGCUGUUGGAAUAUGUGGUUGACAUUAAUCUCCAAUUUGAAGCCUCCUAAAGCUGGUGAAGGUUAAUUUGGUAGUCGUCGGAGCUCUUCAAAUCUUCACCUGAAGUAGAUUCAUAUUGAUAACUCCUCAAAAACAGUGCUUUAAGUGACUACUCAGUAAGUGUGAUCCUUGAGAAGUUUAUACUGUUUGCAUGGCAGAAUAUUUCAUGUCUCUUUUUCCUCUGUCAGCUUCAUCUAUUUCCCUUGAAUCUAAUUUGAAAACACUGAUAUGUAGCACAUCUUUCAUCU